GAAAAUAUCGGACAAUAUUCUCGUUAACAAUAUUCGUGAUAAUUUAAUAACAUGGGUACAGAAGUAUCAGAGUACAGCUCAGUGAAUCUACCGUAUCGUGGACAUACACGGCGCUUACGAGAAAAAUGUAAAGAUCAGAAGCAGAAAAUCAGCUACUGCACAUCUUCCGAACUGAACACGUUUUCGGGACCAACUCCUACUCGUACAACUGUUGUUUCGACAAUAUUUAACAAAUACAGACGUUUAGCAAAUGAUACUACUAUUGUCAAACAUUCGCCGAAACUUACAGACCAAGUGGAAGAUAAUAUUUUCGGCCCGAUACUGUAUAUUAUAUUAGCCAUUUUAGUAGACUUUUUACUCGAAUAUGUACCAUUCAGAGGUAGCAACGAAAAGGGGCUGAUUCGCACUUGUAUUGCUAUGACUGCAGUGUGUAUGUGGCUUUUUUGGUUUAUAAUCCACGCGGGACAAGUUAACCCAUUGAUUGGUCCACGUCUAAAGAAUACUACCGUCGCUUGGAUCGCUUAUAAGAUUGGAAAUCCAGCCUGAGAAGUCAAACAACUGAUCUAUAAUACAGAUAUG